AUGCAGGCUAUCAGAAACCUCUUCCGUGCUUCCUGGUCCUCUCCUCAGAGGCUGGAUGAAAAGACUGUGCUCAUCACUGGAGCCAACACUGGCAUUGGGAAAGAGACGGCGAUUGACCUGGCAAAGAGAGGCGCCAGGAUCAUCAUGGCGUGCCGAGACAUUGAGAGAGGUCAAGCCGCUCUCAAAGAAGUCAUAGAAGCCUCGGCCAAUCCAAACGUGGCGUGUAUGAAGCUGGACUUGUCAGACACCAACUCCAUCAGAGAGUUUGCAGACAGUUUUAACAAAGGAGAGGAGAAACUCAACAUCCUCAUCAAUAACGCCGGAGUGAUGGUGUGUCCGUACGGGAAGACUGCAGAUGGGUUUGAGAUGCAGAUCGGUGUUAAUCACAUGGGUCACUUCCUGUUGACGUUUUUGCUGCUGGACCUGAUUAAAAAGUCGGCGCCUGCGAGGAUCAUAAACGUGUCGUCCAUGGCUCAUCAGUUUGGCUCCAUAAACCUGGAGGACAUCAACAGCGAGAAGAGCUACGACAAACAAAAGGCCUACGCUCAGAGCAAACUGGCAAACGUCCUGUUCACGCGCUCACUGGCCAAGAGACUCCAGGGCACCAGUGUGAGCGCCUACUCCCUCCAUCCUGGCGUGGUGCAGACAGAUCUGUGGAGGCAUCUGAACGGCCCGCAGCAGUUUGUGAUGAAGGUGGCCCGACCGUUCACUAAGAACUCGACGGAGGGAGCGCAGACGUCCAUCUACUGCGCUGUGGAGCCGUCUCUGGAGAACGAGAGCGGAGGAUACUACAGCGACUGUGCUCCGGCCAAGUGCUCGGCGAAGGCCCAGGACGACGACAUGGCUCAGAGUCUGUGGGAGCUCAGCUGUCAGAAACUCGACAUCAGAUGGGAAUAA